AAAAGUGUUUUUAAACACAGAGACCAAGAUCAGACAUCCUUGGUGGCUGGGCUUGCUUGUGUCUGCACCAUGAGAAACAGAUGUCUAAGACUGCUGUCAGAACUGUCAGUGCUGCUGUUGUUGCCAUUGAUUGCUGCAGCCCUGAACAAUGGAGCCUGUAUUCAGUGGUGCCCUCCGAACCCUCCGUGUGUCAAUGCCAAUGCCUGUCACUGCGCUCCAGGAUUAAGUUCUGCACCUAGUAACAUCUUCACCGGCCACUUGGAGAGUUGCAACGACAUCAAGGGGUGUGGCCCAGACUCAGAAGCGUCCUGUGGAGUAUAUUUAAACUGCCAAGACUUCAAUACGUUCUACUGCGAAUGCCCCAGAGAUGAUUACAGGCUUGUUUCAGAGUCAAUGCCCAGCAUUGAUUUUGACAAACCGUGUGAUGGACUCUCUUUGCAUCUGCUGUUGACAUGGAGUGCUGCAGUGGAAAAUCUUAAAGCUGCUACCCCUGAAGACUGUGCUUGGUGGUGCCCUCUGAACUCCACAUGUGUCAAUGCCACUGCCUGUCGCUGUGCUCAGGGAUUCAGCUCUUCGUCUGGGGAGAUCCUCACCGGCAUCUUUGAGAGAUGUGAUGACAUCAAUGAGUGUGAACCACCCUUGACACUGUCCUGUGGAAAGUUCGCAGACUGCCAGAACACGGAGGGGAGCUACUACUGCAUGUGCAACCCGGGAUAUGAGCUUGAUUCUGGAGCAAAGACGUUCCGGAAUGAAAGUGAGAACACGUGUCAAGUUUACGAACUGAAGACAACCCAGAAGAAUGUUGUGUCAAGUCUGAGCAACAUGACAUGGACCUCACCACGUACACACGUACUUGAAAAGUCGAGUAAACAAAAGAGGCUCCCAUCUGAACAAGACCCUGAAAGAGGGCACCAUCAGGAACCACUGCCUCACUCAGGGAAGUACACAGGGAUCUCCUUCCCCCACUGGACUGCACGCCCUGGAAUCAACAGCAAGAGGCUGGACCGCUUCUUUAACAGAAUUGAUGAUUUGGUCAGAGACUCCAAGUCAGCCUCGGCUGCGGACCACAUCCUGAAAUUCAUACAGGUGGUAGAUGACCUGCUGGAGACUCCUGAGGACCUGGAGACCAAGCCCCACUCAGAGAAAAACAUUGUGGCCAAUAACCUGCUCCUCAACACUGAGCAUAUCUUGAAAAGACUAACUGAGUCCCUGCCCAAUGAUUCACUGACCUUAAAUACAGCUAGAGACACAAAACUGUCCCUGAAGAUGAAGAAGCAAGAAGACAAGAAUGUCAACUUGAGUGUUAAUCAAGCAAAAAUGCUGCUGAACUGGGAUACAGUACAAAAAUCCAAUGACUCAGGUCCUCUUGUGGUGGGCCUUAUCUCUACUCCAGGGAUGGGUAAGUUGCUGGCUGAGGCCCCGCUGGUCCUGGAAACUGAGGAACAGGCAGUUCUGCAAGAGACACACAAGGGCUUGUUGCAGCAAGUCUCUACUGUCCUGCUCUCAGAUGUCAUCUCCGUCUUUGUGAACAAUAAUAAUACCCAGCAACUAAGCUCCCCAGUUUCUUUCAUUUUCAAUCAUUCAGUGACCCCUGGGCCAAGGCAGACGGUAUUCUGUGUCUUCUGGGAACAUGGCCCGAAUGAAAGUGGUUAUUGGUCCACCAACGGCUGCUGGAUAGUGGACACCAGAGACACCAGCACCACUUGCCAAUGCACCCACCUUAGCAGUUUUGCCAUCCUCAUGGCCUAUUAUGAUGUGCAGGAGGAUGCCGCCCUGGCUGUGAUCACCUCUAUGGGGCUGAGCCUCUCUCUGCUGUGCCUCCUCCUGGCAGCCCUCACCUUCCUGCUGUGCAAAGCCAUCCAGAACACCAGCACCUCACUGCACCUGCAGCUCUCGCUCUGCCUCUUCCUGGCCCACCUGCUCUUCCUCAUGGCCAUCGACAGAACUGAGCCUAAGGUGCUGUGUACCAUCACCGCGGGUGCCUUACACUAUCUCUACCUGGCCUCCUUCACCUGGAUGCUGCUGGAGGGCCUAAACCUCUUCCUUACUGCACGCAACUUGAUGGUGGUCAACUACUCCAACACGAGCAGGCUCAUGAAGAAGUUCAUGUUCCCUGUAGGUUACGGAGUCCCAGCUGUGAUUGUGGCCAUUUCUGCAGUUUCCCGGCCUCACCUUUAUGGAACACCUACCCGAUGCUGGCUCAACACAAAAAAAGGAUUUAUAUGGACCUUCCUUGGCCCUGUCUGCAUCAUCUUCUCUAUUAACUUGGCUUUCUUUCUGAUGACCUUCUGGCUUCUGAAAAACAAGCUCUCCUCACUCAACAGGGAUGUGUCCACCCUCCAGAACACAAGGAUGCUGACAUUUAAAGCAAUAGCUCAGCUCUUUAUCUUGGGCUGCACGUGGUGUCUGGGAAUCCUGCAGGUGGGUCCAGCUGCCCAGGCCAUGGCCUAUCUCUUCACCAUCAUCAACAGCCUGCAGGGUGUCUUCAUCUUCCUGGUAUACUGUCUCCUCAGCCAGCAGGUCCGGGAGCAAUAUUGGAAAUGGUUGAAAGGGUUCAAGAAAACUGAUACUUACUCUGAGGGGUACACAUUCUCCAGCAAGGCCAUGUCUGAAGUCUGCACACAGAAUGUGGAGAAUUAAAUUAACAACUAAAUCAGAUAAUCCUGUCUCCUGGAAAAUGAGGAAAACACUGAACUGUCAUCCUUUGGGCAAAGAGUAUAUAAAAUACAUUUUUUUGUCUGUUACAAGUAACUCUUCAUGGCACCAUUGUGGGAGAAAGUAUGCAGAAAAUGUUUGGCAUUUAGUUGUUGGAGAACUGGGAUCUUCUGGUCCAUACACAUUCUCAGCUCACUCCCAGCACAGUUCAUGAGUUAUGAUCCAAUUCCUCAGUUGUUUGGGGGUAAGCCCUCCACUUCAACCUGUUUUUCUCUAAGGCUGUUUCUCAAAUUAAAUAUAUAUA